AUGAUUGCCCUGCGGCCCAUUGCCGUUGCUAUCGCGGGUGCCGCGUUAGUGUUCCAAACGGCUCUAGGUAGGUUUCCGUCGCUCACGAGAGGGAAACAUUCUGGUUCAACGACUGACCGGCCGCUGCCUCCGCUUACCAGGCCACUCCCUUCAGCGUAAUCCCGUCAGCUAUGUCUCGCUCGUAGACGAGCCCGUCAUCGACACUCCGUCGCACAAGGUCCACUCCCGAUCGAGCUUCGACCUGACAUUUACUCUUCACAACGGCGACCAGCCGAUCCGGUUUGUCCUGGAGCCGAACUACGACCUCCUCCACGAUGAGUUCGCCAUCACAUAUGUCGGAAGCGACGGCGAGACCCGGACGACAGAGCCCAUCCCCGCCGAGUCCCAUCGCAUAUACAAGGGGCGUGCGUUUGUACAUCGCCAUGGACGUUCGGGCUGGUCGCAUGCUGGAUGGGCGCGUAUCACGGUCCGCCAGGAUGGGCUGAAGCCUGUUUUCGAGGGCGCUUUCCGAAUCGAUGGUGAUAGCCACCACAUCCACACGGUUUCGAACUAUCGCAAGGUGAAGCACCAGGACGAUCCGGAAGUCACUGUUUCUGAGGAUAGCGGGGAUAGGAUGGUGGUAUUCCGAGACUCUGAUAUUAUUCCUGAUUCCGAUAUGGAGCUCAAGAAGCGCGGAUUGGUGACGGAGUCCAACUGCGGUGCUGAUACAUUGGAAUUCAACAGCCAGUAUGAUGCCAACCUGCGAAAGAGAUCUCUGGCAUCCAUCAGCGCCGCAUCCCUCUUUGGCCGUCAGACAGUCGAUACUGGUGAUGACGCUGGUGCCAACUACUACUCAACUAUUGGAUCAACCAAGGGCUGCCCUACAACGAGGAAGGUUGCCCUGGUCGGAAUCGCGACUGAUUGCAACUACUGGUCGGCAUUUGACAAGGACAAGGAUAAGGUGCAGGAGCAUGUUAUCAGCAUGGUCAACACCGCAUCUCAGCUUUAUGAAGACACCUUCAACAUUUCUCUAGGUAUCAAGAACUUGACCAUGAUCGAUCAGGAGUGCGCUUCGACUGCCUCCGACCAGUCCCCCUGGAAUUUGGGCUGCAGCGACGGCGACCUCAGCAAGCGAUUGAACCUCUUCUCUGAUUGGCGCGGCCGAUAUGCGGACAAGAAUGCUUACUGGACGCUUCUCACCACUUGCGCCACCCAGUCAGCUGUUGGCCUUGCCUGGAGAGGCCAGCUUUGCCGUGAAGGCUCGUCCCAGGCCAAGGGAAGCUCUGGAAGCAACGAAACCAUCGCUGCGACCAACGUUGUGGUGAAGACAUCCGCGGAAUGGCAAGUGUUUGCACACGAAACUGGUCAUACGUUCGGUGCUGUUCAUGACUGCGCUAGCUCGACUUGCCCUGUCAGCACUACCACACAAUCUUGCUGUCCAUUCAGCUCGAGCACCUGUGACGCCGGCGGCAAGUAUAUCAUGAACCCGUCCACGGAGUCUGGUAUCACCAACUUCUCUCCUUGCAGUAUUGGUAACAUUUGCUCUGGGCUUCUGGGUACCGUUGACGAUGAGUGUCUGUCGGACAAUAAAGACAUUGGUACUUUUACGGGCAGCCAGUGUGGAAACGGAAUUGUCGAGACUGGUGAGGACUGCGACUGCGGUGGCGAGAAGGGAUGCACAAACAACUCGUGCUGUGAUGCGACCACGUGCAAGUAUAAGACCAAUGCCGUUUGCGACCCAGACAACGAGAGAUGCUGCACAUCCUCGUGCCAGUUCCUGUCCAAGGGCACCAUCUGUCGCGAGAGCACUGGCCAAUGCGACCCUGAGGAGACUUGCCCCGGUGAUGCGGGUGACUGCCCAACUGAUAGCCACCUUAAUGAUGGUGAUGGAUGUGGUAAUGGAUUGCAUUGCGCAUCGGGCCAGUGCACGUCUCGUACCGAGCAAUGCCGCACUACCCUUGCUAGCAGCAAGAUCAGCAACUCCUCUAUCCAGAGCUGUGCGUAUGAUGUUUGCCGCAUAGCCUGCACAACUGGAGGAGAUACUUGCUCUAUCUACAACACAAACUUCCUCGACGGUACCGACUGCGCCGGCAAGGGCAAGUGCAAGACCGGAUCCUGCGAGGGCUCGAGCACCUGGGGCAGGAUCCAAGAGUGGUUCGAGGACCACAAGAACAUUGCCAUUCCAGUGGGCAGUGUCAUCGGUGCUCUCCUCCUGCUUGCCAUCGUCAGCUGUAUCUGGAGCAGCUGCAAGCGCCGCAGGAUGCGCAACGGUGCAGCAGCUUUCACUCGCGGGGGUCACCCAUCCCGUGCCCCUGCCUAUGGAAGCUAUGAGCCGGUGCCGCCCAUUGA